AGGAUGAGGAGGAGGAGGAGGUAGAAAAUACAAAUAAAGAUGGAGACAGAGAGAGAGAAAGGAAGGAAGGAGAAUAUUGAAAUAAAGAUGAGAGGAAGAGAAUGGUCAUCUGUUUUGUCCCCUGCUAGUUGAGCACUCCUGGUCGCAUGUUCCUGAAGUCUCUGCGGGCAUGUGGUCCCUGAGUGAAGACGCUCGGCUGUAACUUGGCAGCUAACCACGGGCUGUUCUGGAAAAUACUCUCAUUGUGAUUCCCCCCUCCCAAAAUUACCUUAAGUAACUCCAACCAAACCUUACCUAACUUUCCCUAACCUAACCUCACCUAUCCUGCCCUGCUCAAGAGUACAGACUUGGGGAAUAUGCCUCCUGGUAACCCCUGUCAUGGCCUGCAGGUGUGUGGUGACCCAGGCUGUGGAGGGUGGCUGCCACACUCACUGCUCCAGCCACUCACAGCUGUACCUCAGGAGCCAGACACCAUCUGCUUCACUCCUGCCCAGACUUUGCCACUCACACACAACAGCUGCUUCAUCUUAAGGAUCAGCGAUGUGGAACCAGCUGUACCACCACCACCACCACCACCACCAGGGGAGCCACUCACUGCCACAAGAAGGAAGGAAGCAGGAAGAAGAAGAAGAAGAAGAAGAAGAAGAAGAAGAAGAGGACACACAGAGAGAGAAGAGGAGGAAGAAGAAGAGGAAGGAUUUGUAAUAUGGCAGACAUCAAACCAAUGGGAGAAGAAGAAGAGGAAGAAGAAGAAAGAGGAGGAGGAGGAGGAAGAGGAAGAGGAGGACACAGGAAUUCCUUGUUACUGUGUUUGGCAGAUGGUUGAUGUUCGGUAGGCUGGUAGAUUGGUCCUUUGGCUAGGUUGGGAUGAAUUUUGGUUGCUCUUGGUUGAUUGUGGUGGUCAGAACAGAGAAAGAGAGAGUUCAAUAAUCCAAACAGUCAUCCGAGAAGCACAUCACUGCCCCAUUUCCAUCGCUCCAGUCAGGGAGGGAACGGAGGGAUAUUUGGAGGCUGGAGGAGAGGGAGGAAGAGAGAGGAUUUAAGAUAGACUGAAGGAGAGGGAGGAAAAAUAGGGAGAACUUGGGACAAAAUGAAGUAAAAACUCUCGUUAGUAAAGUGUGUGUCAUCAUCAUCAUCUGCUCCCUCUCUCUCUCUGAAGCCUGAGUAUAUACAGUUAAGGAAGGGUCACUCUACAGGCAGAAUAAUCAUAUGUUCACCUUUCAAUAAAUGUCGUAAUAACCACUAAAACACACCAUGAAAAUACCUCCUGUUCCCUCUCACUGAAGCCUUAGUACAUGCUGUCAACAAAGGCUCAUAUUGUGGGCAGUAUAAUAAUAGUCAUAUGUUUACCUUUCAAAACGCUGUAAUAACCACUAAAUUAUACUGUGAAAUAAUGUCAAAUUUCCGCUGGAUAUUCACCGUUCCUUUCUCUAGUAGUUUGACGAGAAGCCUUACCACUUAAUCGCCCCAUUUAACCUCUGAGGACUGCUUUGUUUACCUUUCAUAAACGUCAUAAUAACCACUAAAUUACCCUAAAUUACCCCAUGGAAUAACAUAAAAUUUUCACUGUACAUUCACCAUUCCUUUCUUUAGUAGUUUGAUGUGAAGCUUUACCUCUUAACCCCCUCAUUUGACCUCAGGGUAAUGCUUUCCAUCAGGUUUCUCAGGGUAGCAGUAUUGAGCGAGUCCCAAGCUUGCUGCACCCAUGGUAAUAUUGGUACUGUCGAUGUGUCGGCCUCCCUUAUCCUGGGUGUUAAUAUUGCUCACUGUGCUGUAUGGGUGACAGGUCUGGUGCAUUCACAGGCUAUAUAUAAGAAAACAGCUACGUGGCUUGAUUUUUAGGUUAACGUCAAUAUCCUUAUAUGUCAUGGGCUCCCCUCACAACUAUUUCCCAAAGCCACAGAGAAGAUGAACCAGGUUGUCAUGGGUGGUUUUCCCAUUCAUGGCAUAUAAGUCAUCAUUCUGCCACAAA